AUGAUAACUGAAGAAUAUUCAAAUAUAUCUUUUUCAGGAAUAGCCCUGGAAUCCACACCAAUUAAAAGAAAACCACAACAAACAAGUUUUACCGAAUAUGUGACUGUCAAUGAAACGACUAUAAAUAACAAUUCAACAAUACUGCCAACAAACGAAAAACAUCAGAACCAACAACAGCAAUCCAAUAAAGAUGUUGACGAAUUGGAUUCAAUUAUUGAUACACACCCUGAAUUGAAAAUUGCCAGCAAAGAGAAUGGUGAAUUCAAUCCUGUCAAUGUGGCAUACACAAUGUUUACACCCCAAAAGCAACAGAAUCCUGAAAUAAUGCUAACCCCACUGAACAACCCCCUACGACAACAGAGACAACAAGAAACCAAAAACGAGGAUUUGACUAUUAGAUCAACCCAACAAGUUCAAAACAUACUACUAGAUCCGAUGACACCAUAUACUCUAACAUUAUAUUUCCAGUUAUUUUCUAAUGUUAUAAUGGUCAGUAUUAUUAUUUAUAUUGUCUAUCUAACAUAUACAACCAUUAAACAGGAUAUAAGUAUCAAAAUUCAACGAUUGACACUUGAUUUAUUAGACGAAAUUGCUCAAUGUCUGAAACAAUAUACCUUGAAUAAAUGUCAUCUAUCUACUCGACCACCAGCAAUUGAACAAGAAUGUAAUUAUUUGGAUAAAUGUCAAAAUCAAGAUCCAUCUUUGAUUAGUCGAUCAAAUUUGACAAGUGAAAUAUUAGCAGAAAUUAUUAAUUCAUUCUUCAAUAGAUUGAAUUAUAAAAGUAUUAGUAUUGUAUUAAUAUUUCUUAUAAUCAAUUUGGUGUCGAAUUAUUAUAUUAUUGGCAAUUUCCAAUAUAAUGAAAUUAAUCGAUUGAAAAAAUUAGAGUCCAAUGUGAAUCAAGAAUCGAAAUUGGAUACCAAAACAAAUUCAGAUUAG